AGCGGACGCCCGCGACUUCGUCCGCGUAAAAGUCGUUGUAAACUUUCAACUACCCCUAUCCUAUCCUACCCUAACCUACCUCUACCCUACCCUAUCCCAACCCUACCCUACCCCUACCCUACACUACCCCUACCCUACUCAUUAAGGCUGAACUUCUUUAUUUAUUCCUCCCACCGCGAGUCGCGUCGAGCGCGGCAACCGUCGUUACACAAAAAUAAUCCUUAAAGUCUUUAAAGCAUGAAUUAGUAUUCACGCGCAAUGGCUUAGCGUAUUUCAUGUAUAACUUUGGUGUUUCUUUACCGAUUUGUAUGAUUCUUUUUUUAUUAACACAUUUAGUGCUCACUACUCGGAUCCGAGUUGGGAGGGGGGAUAGUAGCGGUGCCGCGCACUCGGAUCCGAGUGACCGGCCUGUGCAUUUUGUAGUAGUCAGUAAGCCGCCGGCGUUUGAGGUGAGUUUAUGUUGGUUUGCGCGACCGCUCUGAAACAUAUUCAACUUACGAAAACGCGUAUUGGUUUCAUUAUAACAGUGUAAUUGUGACUUUUACACACGAUCGUAUCAAAGCUAUUUUUGCACUAAAAUGGACAAUAAGGCUGGACCGUCUGGAAGUAAAUCUACGAGUAGUUCUAGAAAAAAGCGUCGGCAAAGUGAUGACUAUGAGUCUGACUAUAGUGAUGAGGAUGUGUAUUCUCAAAGAGCUGAUGAAGACUCUUCAAGUUCAGAGGACUCUUCUAGUUGCGGCAGUGAUGAUAGUAUCUUUGAUACUAGACUGAAGCAAAAGACGACCAGCCGUGUACCACCAGCUCAACCUUCAAGGUCAUCUGCCCCAAAGACGACAAGCCAUAUACCACUAGCUCAACCUUCAAGGUCACCUGCCUCAAAGACAGUCAGCUGUGUACCACCACCUCAACCUUCAAGUUCAUCUGCAUCAAAACGUGGUUUAUGUGAGUCAGAUGGAAGGGCUAUCAUUCAAUGUAAGCGAUUAAGACCUUCAUUUAGGGAUGGCCCCACGCGUAAUAAUUCUACUCAAUCGUUGAAGUUACCAGAUCUAAAUAGUUCCUCAGCAUCGAAGUCAGCGCCUCGACUACUGGAAUUUGAUGGAGACGGUAGCUUUGAAUUCAAUUCUGAAAUUGACUGCCGUCCUACAUCGCCGAAUAUCGUACAGGACUAUGGAGAUUUUUUGCCGGAUAUACCAAUUAACCCUACCAGUUCAACACCUAGCGUAUCUCUUCUGAGAUCCGAUGCGAUCACCCCCAACCUUUCGCCAGAACGUGAUGACGUCUCUCCAUCAAUUAUGGCUGUUCGGAGAUCUGGAAGUCGUACUCCAGACUUACCCGAUGAUUUUUAUCUAUCACCCAAUAACUCACCCUCUGGUCAAGGAGCCACUACCACCUGGAGCAGUGAUCCAAGCUCCAUGAAAAGCUUAGAGUUUACUAAGGAACAGGAACUCUUAGUGCCGCCUCCAACUGAUCCUUACGAAGCAUUCCGACUAAUGAUUGAUGACGAGUUGUUAGAUCUUAUAGUUCGCGAGACCAACGCGAACGCAAUAAGAGUCGGUAAUGCACAAAACGUCAAACAAAACUCCAGAAUAAAAUCUUGGAAAGAUUUAACAAAGGAAGAACUGCUGACAUUUUUAGGACUCCUUCUUCACACAGGAACAAUUCGACUAAACCGUUUAAGUGAUUAUUGGAAACGACACUAUUUGUUUAAUAUUCCAUGCUUCGGACAAUUCAUGUCACGAAAUCGUUUUUUACUUAUUUUACGAUGCCUACACUUUACGUCUGUAACCAGUGAAGAAGACCGUCUCAAUAAAAUCCGACCAUUCAUGGAUCAUUUUAACAAUAAAAUGAAAACUAUUUACUGUCCAGGUAAAGAGCUAUCAUUGGAUGAGUCCAUGGUAUUGUGGCGCGGUCGGUUGCUGUUCCGACAAUAUAUAAAAAACAAACGGCAUAAAUAUGGCAUUAAACUCUAUGUUUUAGCAGAACCAGAUGGUACGGUCUUGAAAUUUCAAGUUUACGCCGGUGCUAAUGAUGAGACAUCAGGGCAAGGACAUAGUAGUAAGAUUGUCUUCAAACUACUAGAAGAGAGACUGGACUGUGGCCAUCAUGUAUACAUGGAUAAUUAUUAUAAUUCUUAUGGCCUGGCUGUGAAAUUGCUAGAUCGACAGACAUACUGCACAGGAACGUUAAGAAAAAACAGGAAAGAUAAUCCCGUCGAAAUUGGCUCUGUUUCACUGGAAAAGGGAGAAAACAAAUCCUUGUUCUUGAACGGCGUUCAUGUCGGAAAAUGGAGGGAUAAGCGAUACGUUCUGUAUAUUUCUACAGAACACGGUAGUGAGAUGAUGGAGACUACUUCCAAAAGAGGAUCUAUAGUAGUGAAACCAAUGGCAAUCGUUCAUUACAAUAAUUUUAUGUCGGGUGUUGAUCUUCAAGAUCAGAUGUUGGCAUACUAUCCAGUCCAAAGGAAGACGCUGCGUUGGUACAAGAAGCUGUUUGUGCAUAUGCUGCAAAUGAGCCUUACUAAUGCAUUGCACUUGUACAAUACAUUUUCGGCGAAUGACAAAUUAAAUCUAUAUGAUUUCCGUAUGAAGAUACUGGAGAAGCUUUUACCUGAUCCUAAUGAUGUAAAUCGACGCAAUGUUUUGAAAGUGAAACACGAACUCACAAAAAUAGAAAAGACCCGGACGAGAGUUAAGACAGUAGGAAGAGUCACGAAACAAACUAUCGAAGUAGUCCGAAAAGAAUGCAAAGGUUGCAAAUCACAGAAAAAAAAUGUUCAAACAAUUUAUGAAUGUAAGCAAUGUGAAGGUUCUCCAGGUUUCUGUACAAAAUGUUUCUGCCUAGCACAUUCAUAAUUGUUUUCAUUAAAUUUUAUUGUUUUGUUACCUAUGUGGUUAAAAUUUUCAGAAUAUUUUUUAUUCCUUUGUACCUUUAUGUGAGUGACUCACCUUUAUUCUGUGACAAGUUUUCAAUUAAACUUAUAAUUAUUACGUACUGAUACUUUUGAUUGUAUGGCUUUGAUUUGAUUUUUGAUAAAUAUUAUUGUAUCGCUCAGAUUUAUGAAUGUCUUCCUCAAUAAAUAAUUAUUCAAAUGCG